CGGCGCCCCUGGCCGCGUUCGGGGCCGCCGCGGCGCCGCUUGCGGGGCCACCGAGACGGCGUGUGUAACGGCAUUGGCGGAGCAUUGACCCGGCCAGCUGUCAUUUCGGCCGCUUAAUUCUCGGCCCUCUCCAAAUCAAAAUUGCCGAAUUCAGGAGGCCGAUGUGACUUGCUCGAACUGUCCUGGGGCCAAAUGAUCAACAUGGACGGCCUGGUGAGCCGGUUGUCCGCGUCGGUGCUCGAGGAAUUGGUGGACGACGCCGUGAUGGGGGUCAUAUUUGAUGUGCACCGCGCCUCCAAACUCGGCUUCCUGGCCGUCGAGGACGGUUGCAAAGGCAGCAAUGGCGAAACUGAGCAGAGCCAUUCCAUCGUGAUCGGGCCUAACCUGGACGUCUUCGGACAGGCCGCCCUAAAAAACAAACAGCACGAAUGCAUCUGUCCCAGCUGCAAUCGCACCCUCGCCGCCUCCAGAUUUGCACCCCAUCUUGAAAAAUGUAUGGGUAUGGGCAGGAACAGUUCGCGAAUUGCAAGUAGAAGAAUCGCCAACAGUAGCAAGGAGGGGAACGGCACGGGCAGUAACGGUGGAGGCAGCAGCAGUGCUUUCCCGACCGGUAUCCUCAGUGACGACGAGGAUGACGCAGAUUGGACUUUUGGAGGGACGGAAAAGAAAAGGAAAAGAAAAGACAAACACAACAACAGGAAGAAAAAUUCAAAAAAAACUUUGCAGGUAAAAAACGGAGCCUCGGCGUCAGUUACUGCGGCGGCGGCGACAGUUGCAGACCACAAUUUCGCAUCGAUGGAGGGUGCGGUUGUGCCCGUAGAGCAAUCUACCACCCUUUCGAAUGGUCCUCUCAGUUACGAGACUUUAGGAGUUAUGGACAAAAAGUCACUUUUGUUGCAAAUGUGCGGAGUCGUUUCGGAACACACAGGGAAACUGUGCACUAGAUCUUUGAGGUGCCCUCAACAUUCUGACGAGCAGAAAAGAAAUAUCAGAUUAGCCCUUCUGGGUUCUCAGUAUGAGCAAAAUCAAUUAUUAGGGACUUAUAUUAAGUCUGAGCCAGUGGAUAGUGAUAAUGUAGGUAAUGUCGACGUAGAUUCUUACGAGGACGGGGAUAGUCAAGCAGUACGGGAUGCCCUGACUCGGGGAACCAGUUGGGACCAUGCAACCGAGCACUCGGGCACCUCAUCCCCUGCGGACUCGACGUCCACCACUAGCUCCUCCUCGAAAAAGCCAAUAACUCCUAAAGGCGGAAAGAAAGGCAAAAAAGGCUCUAAAAAUAGCACACCCCCGAGCAGUAUUGCUGGUAAUGCUGCUCUCGAAGAUUUGUAUUCCCAUUAAGUUUUUUUAGGCAGUAUUCCGUACUUAAUUAUCUUUUAAGCCAAAGCUCAUUGUGAAUAGUAGCCAUGUAAGUCAAACGUCUGCUCCGAUUUGUACUUAUUGUAAAGCAAAAAAAUCAGAAUAAUUAUGGUAACUGAUCGACACAUUGUCUUUUAAGUGUGGCAAUAAUUGUAACGUGCAUACGAGUAAUGAUAAUUUAUUGCAGAAUUUUAAAUUGUGUGAUAUACUUUUUGAAAUAUCAAACAUGUGUCCAGUUUCCUCCCAGAUUAAUAAAAAGAUAGAGCGCGCCGUCUGAAGUUAAGCUAAACAAUGCUCAUUGUUGCGACUGAUGUCUCCUAUAUUCUUAAAAUGGACAAGAAAAACGCGGAAAAUAAAAAGAAAAAUAAUUCUCUGUAGGUGUACGAUAAAAUGUAAUAAAUGACAUGUUACAACUAUCAAUUCAGCU